UGCUUAUGUUUUAAAAAUAAAAACUGGAAGAUCACUGAACAUCAGUCUUGCAAAGUUUAAGCGAUAGUGUAGAUAGAAGUAUAAGAGAAACGCAUAAAAAUAGUAUAGGCUUUUUGUCACUGUUAUUUCAUUUAACUUUAUGUUUCUCUCUUUGCAUUAUUUUGAUGUUGCAAUUUAACUUUUUUUUUUCUUUCAUUUCAGACCUGAUGGAAGACAGCGAGGAGAGUGAAGAACUGAGUGAAGUGGAAGAGAAUCAUGAAAAACCUGGAGAAAAACCUUUGAGUCUCUCAAAGAAUAAAAAGACAUUUUUAAAGGGAAGAAGAGCCAAGAAAUCUUUCACCUGCACUCAGUGUGGAAAGAGUUUCCCAUAUGAGAAACAUCUUGAGAUUCACAUGAGAGUUCAUAUUGGAGAAAAACCGUUCACAUGCACUCAGUGCGGGAAGAGUUACAUGCGAUCAUCACAGCUUAACAGGCACGUGAUGAUCCACACCGGAGAGAAGCCGUUCUCAUGUGAUCAGUGUGGAAAGAGUUUCUCAGAAAAACAAAGUCUUGAAAUCCACACAAGAAUUCAUACUGGAGAGAAGCCGUUCACAUGUGAUCAGUGUGGGAAAAAAUUUCCUAGAGCAUCAGACCUGAAGAGACACCUGACAGUUCAUACGAAGGAGAAGCCACAUUCAUGUUCUGUGUGUGGAAAGAGUUUCUCACUGCUGGGAAAUUUAAAAGUACAUCAGAAAAUACACACUGGUGUGAGAGAGUACAUGUGCUUUGAGUGUGAGAAGACUUUUAUUACAGCAGACGGUUUAAAACAGCACCAGAUAAUCCACACUGGAGAAAAACCUUACAAGUGUUCACACUGUGACAAGAGAUUCAAUCGGUCAGAAAGCCUGAAAGCACAUGAGAUGAUCCACACUGGAGAAAAACCAUACAAGUGUUUGUACUGCGACAAGAGCUUCAGUCUGUCAUCACAUCUGAAAAGACAUGAGACAAUCCACACUGGAGAGAAACCUUUUAAGUGUUCACACUGUGACAAGAGAUUCAAUCGGUCAGAAAGCCUGAAAGCACAUGAGAGGAUCCACACUGGAGAAAAACCGUACAAGUGUUUGUACUGCGACAAGAGCUUCAGUCUGUCAUCACAUCUGAAAAAACAUGAGAGGAUCCACACUGGAGAAAAACUGUACAAGUGUUUGUACUGUGACAAGAGCUUCAGUCUGUCAUCACAUCUGAAAAGACAUGAGACAAUCCACACUGGAGAGAAACCUUUUAAGUGUUCACACUGUGACAAGAGAUUUAAUCUGUCAUCAUCUCUGAAAACACAUGAGAGGAUCCACACUGGAGAGAAGCCGCACUCGUGUGAUCAGUGUGGAAAGAGUUUUGCUUUUAAAAGCUAUCUUAGGCUACACAUGAGGACCCAUGCAGUGAAUAAACUAUAUCACUGCUAUCUCUGCGGGGAGAAUUUCUCACAGUUAUCUUCUUUAUUCACUCAUACGAAGAACAAUCACAGUCUGAAGUCACGAACUACCAAAAAGCAUCUGGACGAAGAGGACAGUGGGAACAUGAAUGAUCCAGGAGCCUGCCGAAUGAAACACACUGAAGAUACUGAAGAACAAAGAGACCUGAUGGACGUGAACAAGAAAGGAAAAACAGAAGCUAAAAAAUCUGUCACCUGCCCUCAGUGUCAAAAACUAUUCACAUGUAAAUCAAGCCUUAAAAAUCACAUGAUGAUCCACAACGGAGAGAAACCUUACACCUGUGAUCAGUGCGGGAAGAGUUUCUCAUUUAAAGGAAACUUUAAGAGACACAUGAGGAUGCACAGUGGAGAAAGACCAUACACCUGUGAUCAGUGUGGGAAUAGUUUCCCAUGUAAACGAAACCUUAGGAUUCACAUGAGGAUCCACACCGGAGAGAGACCUUACACCUGUGAUCAAUGCGGGAAGAGUUUCACUCAGUCUUCCACUCUGAAAUCACAUCUGGCCAUUCAUUCUGAAGAAAAACCAUUUAACUGUGGUCAGUGUGGUAAACGGUUUAACUGGGCAUCAGACCUGAAGAAACACCUGAAGAUUCACACAAAGGAGAAUAUUUGUUCGUAAUAUUACAGCAGAAACGACAAGGCACUAUACACUCACCUAAAGGAUUAUUAGGAACACCAUACUAAUACCGUGUUUGACCCACUUUCGCCUUCAGAACUGCCUUAAUUCUAUGUGGCAUUGAUUCAACAAGGUGCUGAAAGCAUUCUUUAGAAAUGUUGGCCCAUAUUGAU